AUGCCAGUCCACAGCCUGGCAUCCGCCGUCGGCGACUUCUCCACCUCCCACCUCCUCGUGGCCGCCGCUACAUUCCUCGUCAUCUUUUCCCUCAAAGUAUGGUCCGGCGGAAAGAAGAACACCUGGGAGCGAGAAUGGGCUGGCAAGAUGAUCCUGAUAGUGGCCCCUCCUACACCGACUAUACUCGCCCUCAUCGACCAGCUGCUACAUCUGCCUUCGCCUCCUCAAAUCCUCUUCCUUCCCCCAAUCCCCAGCCCUCUCCCCGAAGAAUUGUUGACACUCUUACACGCCAUCCGCCUGUCUGCCGCCAAGAACCCCGUCGCCCAGCUUCACUGCGAGAGCCUGCCGCGGUCGCCUGUCGCAGUCCGAGACUUUACCAAGAAAUGGGCUUCCGUCCCUACUGGCACUGCUGGCGCCGACGGGCGAAGGAUCGACGCUGUCAUCCUCGGUGAAGGGUGGGAGAUCCGACCAAAGGAGCUCAAAUUGCAAAACCAAUGGACGACGCACGAGUUCCACUAUCAUCUCUUGACGUCGCUCUUGCCCUACUUUCUCCGUGCGCCUAGUGAGAGGAGCAUACGUGUCAUCUCCCUCGUGUCGCCUGCUUGGGCUUCGGCUGUCCCGUCUUUGAAGAAUGCCGAGCCCCGGGAGGAUAUCGUGUUCAACACUGGUCGAAGGAGCAUCAACACUGUCCUUCUCAUGAAGCACUUUCAGCUCAUCCUGGAUACCCUCGCUGCUGCUGCGCUUGGUAUGGUCAAGCCUGUCCCUGGGGCGGCAGACGAGGAGGUGACAAAGAAGCGCGAUGAAAGCGUCAAGAGCAACAUCAUGUCACUCAGUGUUGUCAUGCCAUGGGCGAGAGAAGAAGUGCUCAAGGCCGCUAUUGUGGAGAGUCUUUUGAGCAAGAUACUGUGGAUCGUCUUUUACCCCCUGAUCAUCAUCCUCACCCCCUCACCCGCGAAAGCUGCGCAGACCAUCAUGUUUGCUCUGUCAGCCCCUGUGCGAUACGCAGCCAUUGACGAGACGCCGAAAGUCAAGGAUCAAGGGAAGGAGCUCGACGAAGUUCGCAGGGCUGCGGUUGGCGGCGGGGAUGUUGUCAGGGAUUGCGAAGUGAUCGAUAUCCCGCCCGUGUUGCGAGACCCAGCCUUGGCGAAAGCUACUUAUGAUUCACUGGAGAAGCAGGUGGAAGCCGGGGUCAAGGACCUAGAGAGUAGAGAAAAGGCAUCAACCAAGACAAAGUAG